CACGAAGAAAACGAAUGACGUGACUUUAGAUAUUGUUGAAAAUUAAAGGAAUAGGAAUAGAGGGAUCACUUUCGCUCAACUUCAGUUAUUCUGCAACUCGUGACUGGUGAUGGUGACUCAGUUUCUAAAUUUAUUGUGAGCAAUUGUUGACUUUCUUUAGCUGUCAGGUUUUGAUCGAGUCGCAGUAAAUAAUUGCGUAGAUUCUUAGAAUAAAUACUUUGUGUAUUUAGACAGUUGGUGAAGACAUUGACGACUUUAAUUCAACUAAAUAUUAAACGCAACAAUGGGAUUGCCUACGGUUAAAAAGAAUCGAGAAAAUUUGAGUAACGAAUUACGAGAGGCUGCUGGUACCUCCUCGUCCGCGGACGAGGCUAAAAGUUAUCUGGACAAAGUAUUUGGAGAUAUAUCAAAAACAUCAGCUACUAAACAAAUCGUUAUCGGAACCACAUCAGGAUGGAUGACGGGGUUCCUGGCAAUGAAAGUUGGUAAAAUCGCAGCGUUUUCUGUUGGCGGUGGUAUUAUUAUUCUUCAGAUAGCUGUGCAUCAAGGAUACAUCAAAGUCAAUUGGGACAAAAUACAGAAGAAAGCUGAGAAAGUAUCAGACACUCUGGAAGAAAAGAUUACGGGCGAAGGCCCGAAAUUUUUAGACAAGGUAGAAAGAUUUGUGGAUAAGAAAUUGGAUAAAGCUGAAGACUUUUUGAAUGCUAAGAAGGUACAAGGCCAUCGCUGGUACGAAAAAAUCCUCGGCACCAACAACGCCAACGGAGUGUUCAAACCCAAAGAGAUGCAUUUCUUUGUCGUUUCUUUUGUCGCUGGUGUCCUAAUUGGAUGUGCAACCGCUAGUAAUUAAAU